AGAAAGUAGGUCUAUAAACAAAUAUGGCGACGCGAAAGCGUGGACGUCCCGUAGGCGGAGGUCUUACGCGUUCGAUUAUAAGGGAAAGAAAAAGAGAAUCGGACAGGGAAAGGAGCCGCGAGAAGAUUUUUAUUGGUAACCACAUAGACCGCUGGUGUCGGGUGAAGAGGGAGUUAAAUUUCCUGUAUAAUUAUGAGCUCGCGGGCUAUCUGCUUGACAGGUAUGAGCAUGAUGUGCGAUGGCAAAAGACCACACAGGUGGCGCCCUCUACGCCACCGCCUGACCAGUCUCAUCUCGGGAAGAGGGUAGAGCCAGCAUCGGAAUUCUCAUCCAUGGAAUUCGAAAGACAUGCGACAUUUGUAAAGACGGAAGUGGAAGACUUUGACCCAGGUCCACCCAGCAGCAAAAAGGCUAAAGAGGCAGAGCAUUCACCAUCGGAGGAACCUUUUGAGUCCAAUGUCGGUACAGAAGAAUCGGAAGUGGUGAGGAUAAAAGAGGAAACGGAAUCCCUGACGUCGGACCAUGAAUCCCAAGAUGUGUCUUUGCAUUUAGAAGUGGAAGAUGGAGCUGAGUCCAUUGAUGAUGAUAGCAGUGGAGAGAGUGAUUCAGAUACAGAAAGUGGAGAGGAAGUGUGCAUUAAGGAGGAAGAGGACCCUUUUGACAUUUUAUUCAAUAUGGAGGUAACUACCAGGGAUGGAAAUCUCUACAUGAUGCCCAUAUCUGAGUCAAGGGAAGAUAACUCUGUAACGACCACCGAGGCAGAGAAUGAUAACGAUGCAUGUCUCUCACAGAUACCCCGUCUGGGAGAGUUUGAGGAAAAUUAUUCAGAAUGUUUGAGAAAUUCGGAAGUGGAUGCAGAUAGAACUGAAUUGUCAAAGGUUCAAUCCACAGAAGAUGAGAGAAAGGCUUCUCUGCUCAGAUUAUUGUCCAACCCAACCUUCACACAAGCCAACCAACAGCUGAAGCUUCUGAUUGGAGACAGCACAAAAGCCGGAACAAAGAAGAAAGGGAGGAGAAUGGUCAGAAGACCCAUAGCUACGCAGACAAUCAAAGAACUGAAAAAUUUGUUAGAGAAGAGGACAGUUACACAAGCAGACGGUUGUUUUACAAACCUGAAAACCUCAAAAUCAAACAGAGUGAUGAGAAGUAUGAACAGAAAUUCCUCUGACUUAAACAGGCCAACUGUAGGUACAACUGGUCCUACUGUUUCUGCAGUUCUCGCGUCACGGACCACAUCAUCACCCGCUUCAGAACCUCCGUCAAAUGCUGCCGAUUCUCAGCAGACAGUGAAACGUGAUUCUAACGAGAAACAGGCAACCCUGAAUUUAACGUUAACAAUAAAUCCUGUGACUGGGAAACUAAUGCUAGUGAAGUCAGAAGAUGUAGCAGUUGACGGCAAUUUGAAAUCAACAAAUGCAGACAGUAUGAGACAACUAUCCUUAGCGUUAGUAUCAAACUCUGAAACUCGGAAGGUGAGGGAGUCGUCAGAGGCAAUGUCAAAACGGGAACAAACACUUAUAGCAAAUUCUAGUCGUGAGGAAUCUUCGCUGGUGAAAUCACCAACGACAAGUGAGGAUGGUUUCAGUCGGCUGUCGCCGUCGGAGGCAUCUGUGACAUCAGAUCCCAAGGUAGAGGUAAUAGUUAAGCAUGAUGUUGCGAGUCGGUCAUCCAUCAAUUCAACACUAGGCUCAGACCCACCGACAGGGAAUUCGAAGUUAUCGACGUCUUCCCAGUCAUUUAACAGUGAUUGUGUGAACCAGUCAUCCGUAAAUCUGUCUGUGCCCUCUGACCCUAAAGCAGUGGAACCAUCAUCAGAAGCAACAGGCUGUGAAAGUUUUAACCAAUCACCUCUAGACCUGACGAUACCAGACUCAGUGACUAAAACUUCUACAGUAGUGCAAUCACCCGAUAAGACAAAAGAUCGUGAAAAUUUCAGUCGGGACCCAAUUAUCCAAAAAUCUGUGUUAGUGACAUCACCCAAUAGGACCAAUGAGAGUAAAAGUCAGUCAUUUGAAGGUCUAGAUCCAGCGACAGAAACGUCACAAGGAGCAGUUUCAGGAACAGCAGAUACUGUAAGUGAUCAGGCUGGAGAUUCUCGUACGCAAAUGUCCGGGGCACCUGCUGGUACAGGAUCAAAGUUAAUACACAAAAACAACAAGCCGGCAAGGUCAAGGACACAGCACUCACAGCAUAAGCUGGGCCCUUCUUCCAAAACGGACACAUUGUCUCACAGAGGGCAGGUGAAAACAACUCCCGUGCUACAGAAUGCAGGCAAUGCGGUUCAAGGGGCCGGUUCUGGAGAAACAAUAGAGAGGCCUCCUUCUAAGACAGUGAAAGGAAAAAGGGAUGAGAAACUGGCCCAUUUAUUUACAACUCCGAAGGACAUGACCGUGUGGGGUAUGAAUAUCUUCCAAGAUGAGAUGAACAAUGGGUUGGAAGAUGGGAAUCCUUCAAGAACUUGUGACUCCAAGGAGGGAAAGUCCGCUUCCAAAAGAUUUGGAGAGGUCUCUGAUGAAGAGUUGAUUAAGUACUACGAAGGCAACCAGUCCUCCAGCACUAGGAAAAACACCAGAUGGGGACUCAAAGUUUUCCAAGAAUGGUGUUUGGAGACUCAAGAAGAAGCAGUGGAUUUCUCAUCAAUCAAUUCCCAAGAUUUGGCGACAUUACUUACGAAAUUUUAUUGUGAAGCAAAGCCCAAACCGCUGAAUUCUCGACAGAAUGCAUUUACAGCAGAAGCGGCCGGGGAAUACCAUAAGAACACCCUGAAAAAUAUCCGCGGGGCUAUCAACCGCCAUCUCCAGGAUUUAGGACGGAACAUUGAUAUUGUAAACGACAAAGAAUUCAGGGCAACGAACAGGACCCUUAAGGGCUUGCUAAAGCUGAGAAUGCAGGAGAGACUUUCAAGGCCCUCCUUGCAAGACGAUGUUAUUAGUGAGGAGGAUUUAAAAUCUAUUUUUGCUUACUUCAAAAAUGCUGAAUCGCAUCCUGUAUUACUGCGGCAGUGUGUCUGGUUUAAUCUCGCAAUUCAUUUCGUUACGCGGGUGACAGAAUUUCAUCCCCAGUUGAAAAUCAACUCAUUUUUGUUCAAGAGUGAUGAAACGGGUGAAUACGCAGUCUUGUUGCAUGAGAUUAAACAAAAAAAUGCCCAGGGCGGAUCAAACGGUGAGGACGUACUCAGUGAUAAACGCAUGUAUGCUACACAAACACGACAGUGUCCUGUAAAAAUGCUCAAACUUCUAAUAGAAAAAACCGAUAAAAACGCAGAUUCAUUGUUCAACCAGUACAACAAACCUGCUGUGGAAUACCCCACUUUGGAGUCUACAUGGUACAUCAACAAACCCUUAGCAAAACGAUCAUUCGCCAACUUUUUAUCGGACAUCUGCAAAUACGCAAAAACAAGCAAAAUAUAUGCCCCGCAUUGCCUUCGGACCACAGCUAUACGGCAUACGAACAACAUAGGUCAUCAUACCGAAGCAUCAGUUACAUCGGACAAAAGGCACGGCUCAACAGAACAGAAAAAGACUCUCGGUUCGACACUGCCAAAGGUUACAGUAAUGGAAGAUGACAACUCACCUCCGGCUCGAUGUCCGGAUCCGGAAGCAGACAUACUGGCUCAAUGUCCGGCUCCGGAAGCAGACACACCGGCUCAAUGUCUGGCUCCGGAAGUAGACACGCCGACAGAUUCGUGUUCAGUUCAAUUAAGCAUGAAAACUCCUGUUGGUUCAACUUCUGGUGAUUGCAGCUCUGCUGUGGCUAAGGAAACAAACUCAGAUCCCAUUAAAAAUGAUGAUUAAUCUCCUGAAUUCGAAAUCUGUGUCAAACACUGUCCAAGGGAUCUUAACACGUUCAUUUCUUCAUGGUUGCACAUCCAAGAUGAUAACCGAAUCGCUUUCUGCUUGAAUAUACCCCGGGUCUGUAAAAUGUAGACAUACCCACUUGUGAUCGAAGUCCAACUUUUAUAAAAGGAACAGAUAAAGUCAACAAGUCAGACUGAGAUCAAAAGUGAGCUUGCCGAAUUUUUAUGGUCCUGGGGCCAGAACUAUUGGCUUUUUAGCUCAUCUGAGUUUAAAGCUCAAGUGAGCUAAUCUGAUUAAUUUUGUCUGGUGUUCGUCAAUCUGUGUCCUUAAACUUCCCUUCUCCAGAAUCAUAGGGCUCUUGCUUGUGUUAAGAGGAACAAGUGUGUUCAAAUGAAGUGACAUGCCCUUUUUUUGAGUGGAGUUGAUUAAAAAUUAGUAAAAUUGUGGCAUCUUAUAAAGUACACUGGGUCAAUUUCAGUCAAACUUGGCACAUCUUGAGCUAAGGGGAUUCAAGUUUGUUCAAAUGAAGGGCCAUCCAUGUUACCUCCAAACGGGGAGAUAAUCAAGAUAAGGCAAAAUAGUAUGGGGUCAUUUAAAAAUCUGCUUCUUAAUAACCACUUGCAAGACGGGAGGGGGGAUAGAGGAUCAAAGUGUUACAUGGGUAUAUAUAUAGAAAUUUUUUAUGAAAAUCUUUAGAAGAACAACAGGGCCAUGAUUACUCAUAUUAAUAAGCAAGCAUCCCUGGGUAGUGCAGAUUCAAAUUUGUUCAAAUUUGGUCCUUGGGAUAGGAUGUUGGCCACAGUUUUACGGGAGAAUACAUAAGGCAAACAUCUUCAAAAAUUCAACUCAAGAACAGCAGGGCUGUGAAUAUUUGUACUCAUGUUAAUCUGCAGGCAUCUUCAGGUAGUUGGGAUUCAAGUUUGUUAAAAUCAUGGUCCCCAUUGGUAGGAUGGGGCCACAAUAGGGGAUAAAAAUUUUUUAAUGGGUAUAUAUAUAUAUAUAGUGAAACAUCUUUUUAAAAUCUUCUCUAGAACAGUAUGACCACAGUUACUUAUAUUGAUAUACAAGAAUCUUUGGGUAGAGCAAAUCAAGUUUCUUAAUUUUGGGGCCUCAGGGGUAGGAUUGGGUCACAUAAAGAGAUAAAAAAUGUUAUUGUAGGAAUUGAAAGGAACUUAAUUAAAGCAAUUUUUUCAUGAUUACGUGUACCAGGGUCACACUAAAUCAUAUUAAAAUGCAAAUGUUGCAAGAAGCUCUGUGUAUUGAAGUUUUUAGUAUGCCCCCACACCCCCUUGACCAAAGAGUGGGGGGAGAGGGUGUCCUAACUUUUAAAUGGUGAGCGAUAAGGCUCUCAUUUGCAUGUGUAUUCCUUGUGUCAAGACCUGUCAUUUAGCUCCAAAGUUUUUAACCUUGUGACAUUGACCUAAGAAAACCUAACUUAUUCAAUGUCUCCUAAAUUAUUUAUAGUAGGGCUUUCAUAUUUUGUCUAUAGAUUUCUUAUGACAAGGUCUUGCAUUUUAUACCAUAGUUUUUGACCUUUGUCAUUAUCUUGUAUUAUGCAUUGCUGUAUUUGGACCUUGCAAUUGUGUAUUGUUGCAUUUCAUUAAAGAAAUGAAGAAAUA